AUGGUCGCCGUAAAGUCGGACAUCGAGGCGCCCGCGGUGACCCAGGAGAUACCGCACGAUCAUCUGUACAAAGUGACGGGUCUGGCGGCUUCGAAUUCGGAGAAAUUGGCUCAAGAGCCGCCAGCAGCGGACUUCGAGGAUGCAAUCAGUGCAACAGGGUACGGCUGGUUCAACGUGGCCCUCAUGCUUCGCACCCUGCCCGCCUUCUGGAGCUCGGUGUCUGUGACAAGCGCCGCGUCCUACAUCUUCACACGAGCCCAGUGUGACAUGAACCUGCGUCUGCUGGACAUGGGCACCGUUACAGCCAUGACAUAUAUAGGAAUGAUAUCCUCGGCGGUGAUCUGGGGAUUUUUAUCAGACACGUUGGGCCGGAAGAAGUUCCUGGUGUGGGGGUUCUUCUGCUCCGGUCUGAUAGAGAUAGCGGCAGCGAUGAGCCAGAACUUCACGAUGCUGCUCGUGACGCGCUUCAUGAGUGGAUUCUUGUUCAACGGUCCAUUCGCAGUUCUAUUGACAUACAUAGCAGAGCUGCAUCGCACAGACUUGCGAGCACGUGUGCUGCUCUUGACCGGUUUGUUCUUCACCAUCGCCAGCACCACGCUGCCGCUGCUGGCCUGGGCCACCAUGGUCGAGGACUGGGACUACACGAUAUUUGGGAAUUUCGUUAUCCAUUCCUGGAACAUAUUCCUGUUGGCCACGGCGCUGGUGCCGCUGCUCACCGGCGUGGCGUUCCUCUGUCUGCCAGAGAGUCCGAAGUUUCUGAUGUCUCGAGGCAGAAACGAAGAAGCGCUCGAGGUGUUCCGGAAAAUAUAUUCUAUGAACACUGGAAAACCUCCUGAAACGUUUUCGAUAACAAAGUUAGUAGAAGAGAGACCAGAACAACGCAGCCGCGGCCUCGCAGCGCUGAAGGAAGGCAGAUUUCAGUUCACCCCUCUCUUCAAGGUGCCGCACCUUACAUGGCUCUUACUCGUAUGUGGAGCACAUUUGGGCUGCAUGUUUGGUUCAAACACGAUACGCCUCUGGUAUCCGCAGCUGGCCGCGAUGGUGGGCUCGGAUGGUAAUGAGGAUCUGUGCUCCGCCAUCGCCCCGCAACAAACAGACCUCGUGACUGAGAGCUGCUUGCCCAUAGAGACCGACAUGCUGACGUAUCUACAGAGCGCGGUGGUUGGCGCCGGCUCCGUGGUCACAUACUGCAUUGGGGGGGCUUUGAUUAACCGAUGCGGGAAGAAGAUAGUUCCUGGUGUGAGUGGUAUUUUAAGCGCAGUAUUCAUAGUAAUGUUGCCGCUGAUCGCCAACAGUGCGCUAACUAUGACGGCGGUGGUGACCACCGCGCUGGCGCUCACGUCACUCUGUUCCGCGGCAUUGUCUAGCAUCGCCGUUGACUUGUUUCCAACGUCACUCAGAGUAAUGGCGAUGGCGCUUUUCCUAAUGACAGGUCGUAUAGGGACAAUAUUAGGAACUGUCAUUUUUCCUGCGCUCAUUAACUUCGGCUGUUUGCCUCCUUUCAUAGCGAUAUCCGCGGUCUUAUCACUAUGUGGAUUGACUUGCUUUUUUCUACCAAACACGACUCUGAAGAAAUUGGAAUGACAUUUGACUUGCGUAAACUAGCAAUGGUAUUUUAUUCCAUUA